CCUUUCAAUCUCUUACCGCCACUGAACAGAGGCUUGUUCGUCCUCACCCCUCGUCCCUCUUUCCCUCUCAGAUCUUCCCUUGAUUUUCCGUCACUUUCCUGAGAAAAUGAGAGAGAUCCUUCACAUCCAGGGUGGUCAAUGUGGUAAUCAGAUCGGCGCCAAGUUCUGGGAGGUUAUCUGCGACGAGCAUGGCAUUGACCAUACCGGCAAGUACAGCGGCGAUUCUGAACUCCAGCUCGAGCGCAUCAAUGUCUAUUACAACGAGGCCAGCGGAGGCAGGUAUGUUCCGCGCGCCGUUCUUAUGGAUCUGGAGCCUGGUACCAUGGAUUCUGUUAGAUCCGGUCCAUUUGGUCAGAUCUUCCGCCCGGAUAACUUCGUCUUUGGGCAAUCUGGUGCUGGAAACAACUGGGCUAAGGGUCAUUACACCGAGGGAGCUGAGCUAAUCGAUUCGGUAUUGGAUGUUGUGAGAAAGGAAGCCGAGAAUUGUGAUUGCUUGCAGGGAUUUCAGGUCUGCCACUCUUUGGGGGGAGGAACUGGCUCUGGCAUGGGAACGCUUCUCAUUUCAAAGAUCCGGGAAGAGUAUCCAGAUCGGAUGAUGUUGACCUUUUCUGUCUUUCCCUCCCCAAAGGUUUCCGACACAGUUGUAGAGCCCUACAAUGCCACACUUUCUGUGCAUCAGCUUGUCGAAAAUGCUGAUGAAUGCAUGGUCUUGGACAACGAGGCUCUCUAUGACAUCUGCUUCCGAACUUUGAAGCUUGCCACCCCAACUUUUGGUGACCUUAACCACCUCAUCUCUGCUACCAUGAGCGGUGUUACUUGCUGCUUACGAUUCCCUGGGCAGCUGAACUCUGAUCUUCGAAAACUUGCUGUGAAUCUUAUCCCAUUCCCUCGUCUCCACUUCUUUAUGGUUGGAUUUGCACCUUUAACGUCAAGAGGAUCCCAGCAGUACCGUGCCUUGACAGUGCCUGAGUUGACACAGCAAAUGUGGGAUGCUAAGAACAUGAUGUGUGCUGCAGAUCCACGCCACGGUCGCUAUUUGACUGCGUCAGCAAUGUUCCGUGGUAAAAUGAGCACCAAGGAGGUGGAUGAACAGAUGAUCAAUGUCCAAAACAAGAACUCUUCUUACUUCGUUGAGUGGAUUCCUAACAAUGUCAAGUCUAGCGUGUGUGACAUCCCACCUAAGGGCCUUAAGAUGGCUUCUACUUUUAUUGGAAACUCAACAUCAAUUCAGGAGAUGUUUAGGAGAGUCAGUGAGCAAUUCACUGCUAUGUUCAGGCGUAAGGCUUUCUUGCACUGGUACACGGGUGAGGGAAUGGACGAAAUGGAGUUCACGGAAGCCGAGAGUAACAUGAACGAUCUGGUGGCUGAGUAUCAGCAAUACCAGGAUGCUACCGUUGAUGAGGAAGAGUAUGAGGAGGAGGAGGAGGAAGAGGGGAUUGCUGUCUGAGGAGUGCCUGUGAGUUCUCAAGGUUGUAUGAAAUUUCAUUAUGGUUGGCUUUGAGCGAGUGGUCAAGUUGUAUGCUAUUGUCUGAAUUGUGGAUCAUUGUAUAAUCUUGGUUUGUUGACAACGCUUCUGUUUUUUGCAAUUUAAUCUUGAAUGUCUGUAGUAGCGAAGUAGGUAGAUAAUUCUUAUACAUCUUUGCAGUUUUCGUUUUUGUAUAA